AUGUUCGGUUUCGACGAGGCACGCGACAACUACCAGCAGACCUACGAGUCUGACAACAAGGCCGAGUUCUCCCAUGAGCUCCUUGCCGGUGGUGCUUCCUUCGCCGCCUUCAAGGUCUUCGAGGAUCACCAGAGGAAGGAGGGCAAGCCAGUCUCCCACCAGUUCGCCAAGGAGCUGCUCGCAGGCUUCGCCGGUGCUGAGGUCGACAGAGUCGCCGAGACCAAGGGCGCCGACUACAUCGACCGCGAGCGGGCCAAGCACGAGGCCAAGCGCCGCAGCGAAGAGCUGUAUGACCAGCACUAUGGAGGUCAAGAUCAGUACGAUCCCAACCAGGGCCCACCACAGCACAUCCAGGACCACUUCGGUGGCUACGACAACAAUUACUAG